AUGGCCAUCAGUCAACUUAUGCUCUCGGCCCUGUUGGCUGCCACAGUGGUUAACGGCCAAUCAUUCGAUGGGACAUCUCGAAGUGAGGAUGCUUUCAGUUAUGUUCAGCCCAAGAACACCACCAUCUUGGGCCCCUACGGGCACUCUCCUGCCGUCCUUCCUUCACCCAAUGCUACCGGAUCAGGCGGCUGGGAUGAAGCCUUCUCCAGAGCUCAAGAAUUCGUAGCCAAAUUGACUAUCGGGGAAAAAGCUGAUAUGGUCACCGGCCAGCCAGGCCCCUGUGUGGGAAACAUUGUCGCCAUCCCCCGUCUGGGCUUCCCCGGUCUUUGCUUGCAGGACGGUCCCUUGGCCAUCCGAGUAGCCGAUUAUGCCAGUGUCUUCGCCGCCGGUGUAACCGUCGCAUCCACCUGGGAUAGAGAUCUGCUUUACAAACGUGGAUAUGCCAUGGGCCAAGAGUUCAAGGCCAAGGGUGCUCAUAUUGCCCUCAGUCCCGUGGCUGGUCCUCUCGGACGUUCUGCCUACGCAGGCCGAAACUGGGAAGGCUUCGCGGCUGAUCCCUACCUGACAGGUGUUGCCAUGGAGCGAACUAUCCGUGGCCACCAAGAUGCCGGCGUGCAAGCCACCGCAAAGCACUUCAUCGGUAACGAGCAAGAGACACAGCGCAACCCUACCUACGACUCCAAUGGCACACUUACAGAUGUCAUUCAGGAGGCCGUCUCCUCUAACAUUGAUGACCGAACCAUGCAUGAACUAUACCUGUGGCCGUUUGCUAACGCAGUCCGCGCCAGAGCUGCCAGUUUCAUGUGCUCAUAUCAGCGCCUUAACGGCUCCUAUGCCUGCGAGAACUCCAAGGCCCUCAAUGGGUUGCUCAAGGAGGAGCUUGGCUUCCAGGGUUACGUUAUGUCUGACUGGGGUGGUACUCACUCGGGAGUUGCCUCUAUCGAGGGUGGUCUUGAUAUGAACAUGCCCGGUGGUCUCGGCGCCUAUGGCAAGGUCCCUGAAGCCGGCUCCUUCUUCGGAAAGAAUGUUACCUAUGCUGUCCAGAACGGAACCGUGGAUGAGUCUCGUGUGAAUGAUAUGAUUCUUCGUAUCAUGACACCCUACUACUGGCUCGGCCAGGAUGAGGGUUUCCCCAGUGUGGAUCCUUCCUCUGCCGAUCUCAACACUUUCUCGCCUCGUUCGACCUGGUUGCGCGAGUUCAACCUUACUGGCGAGCGAAGCCGUGAUGUCCGUGGAAACCACCAUAAGUUGAUCCGCAACCUCGCAGCUGAGGCAACUGUUUUGCUCAAGAACGAGAACAGUGCUCUCCCUCUGAAUGCUCCUAAGAGCAUCGCUGUCUUUGGUAACGAUGCUGGUGAGAACACCAUGGGUCCUGUCAACGAAGCUACUUUCGAGUAUGGUACUCUCGGUGCCGGUGGUGGCUCAGGAACUGGACGCUUCACAUACCUGGUCUCCCCUCUGGAGGCUGUCAAGUCUCGCGCUAAGGAAGACAAGUCGCUUGUUCAGUACUGGUUGAACAACACCGAUAUUGCCACCGCCACUGUCAGCAGCUUCUGGACUUCCACCCCGGAUGUCUGCCUUGUGUUCCUCAAGACCUGGGCCGAAGAAGGUGCUGACCGCGAGCACCUGACCAUCGACUACGAGGGCAACGCCGUCGUUGAGGCUGUCGCCAAGUCCUGCAACAACACUGUCGUCGUCACGCAUUCCUCCGGCAUCAACACUCUCCCCUUCGCCAGCAACCCCAAUGUCACUGCCAUCCUCGCUGCCCACUACCCCGGCCAGGAAUCCGGCAACUCCAUUGUCGACGUCCUCUACGGAGACGUCAACCCCGCCGGCCACUUGCCUUACACAAUCGCCAAGAACGGCAGCGACUACAACGCCCCUCCCACCACCGGUGUAUCCACCAAGGGCGCGGAUGACUGGCAAUCCUGGUUCGACGAGAAGCUCGAAAUUGACUACCGCUACUUCGACGCCCAGAAUAUCUCCGUUCAAUACGAAUUCGGCUUUGGUCUCUCAUAUACCACCUUCAACAUCUCCGACAUCAAAGCCGAAGCCGUCGCAGACUCUAUCACCUCCAUCCCCGAAGAGCGGCCUAUCAGGCCAGGUGGCAACCCCGCCCUCUGGGAAACCCUCUACAACGUCACCGUCUCAGUCGCCAACUCCGGCGACGUCAAGGGCGCAACCGUUCCCCAGCUGUACGUCACUUUCCCUGACAGUGCCCCUGAGGGAACACCAAUCAAGCAGCUGCGCGGCUUUGAGAAGGUCUCCCUGGCUCCUGGUCAGUCGCGUGAUGUCAGCUUUGAGUUGAUGCGUCGUGAUUUGAGUUACUGGGAUGUCAUCACACAGAAGUGGCUCAUUCCUCAGGGCGAGUUCACUCUCCGGGUUGGUUUUAGCAGUCGGGAUCUGAAGGAGACUACUACUAUUACCCCUGUUUCGGCUUGA